CUUCUGUAACCUCCGGAAUCGAUCUGCUGCACUUCUCCUCCGUUCCGUCCCCGCCGAGGAUCACGAACAGCAAUGGAGUAACCGCCCCCAUUGGGCAUUGGCCAGCUUCCGUACCUUUACAAUCCGGAAACCCCACCUCUCGCUACGCCGCCUCGCCCUUUUUCUUGUCCUUCCCGCUUCCUCGCCGGUUCCAGCUUUCCCCAACCCCCACCCCACCUCCGAAAAGCGCAAGCCCCACCCGCGACGCCCCACGCCGCACGAGCACGAGCGCGCGCGCUCUCCGAACCUUCGGGAACUCCGCAGGCGGCGGCGACAUGGGCGAGUACUGCGCCACCCCGGAGGCGGACUCCGCGCUGGCGGCGGCGGCGGCCCUGACGUUCCCCUCCCAGUCCCCUGCGGCGGCGGCGGCCAGGCCGCGGUACGGGAGCUGCGACCGCCGGUUCGUGAAGCAGGUGUUCGACAACCUCCACGGGAGUAUCUCGCUCGACCCGCUUGCUCUGCAGUUUGUGGACACCGAAGAGUUUCAGAGGCUGAGGGACCUAAAACAACUUGGUCUUACAUAUCUGGUCUAUCCUGGAGCUGUUCACACACGCUUUGAACAUUCAUUAGGAGUUUAUUCGUUAGCUGGGAAGGCUAUGAACAAUCUUAAAACGUAUCAGGGAGAGGAGCUUGGUAUUGAUUGUAUCGACAUGCAAACUGUGAAGCUUGCAGGCCUCUUGCAUGAUAUUGGACAUGGCCCCUUCAGUCAUUUGUUUGAGCAUGAGUUUCUUCCUCGUGUUGACCCUGGCUCAACCUGGUCCCACGAAAAUAUGUCAGCACUGCUGUUGGACAGUAUCGUUGACAAACAUGCAAUAGAUAUAGAAGAUGAUUAUCUGAAAAUGGUCAAGGAGAUGAUAAUUGCCAGCUCUAAGUCUGCCACCAUGAAAAGUGCAAAGGAUAAGCAUUUUCUUUAUGACAUUGUUGCUAAUGGCCGCAAUGGCAUAGAUGUUGACAAGUUCGACUACAUUGACCGUGAUUGCAGAGCAUGUGGUCUUGGCUCUAAUUUCCAGUACUGGAGGUUGAUGGAGGGCAUGCGAGUGAUGGGUGACGAAAUUUGCUACCCUGCCAAAGAUUACUUGAGCAUCCAUAAAUUGUUUUCAACACGUGCUGAUCUGCACCGGACUGUCUACACCCACGCCAAAGUAAAGGCUGUUGAACUCAUGCUCGUGGACGCACUCAUCGAGGCUAAUGAUUACUUAGGAAUAUCAUGGCACGCAAAUGAUCCAGAAGAUUUUUGGAAGUUGGAUGACACAAUCAUUAAAAGCAUUGAAACUGCCCCCAAUAAUGAACUGAAGAAAGCGAAAGAAAUCAUUCAACGUAUUCGCCGAAGAGAACUCUACAAGUUUUGCAAUCAGUAUUCGGUUCCAAAGGACAAGCUGGAGCAUUUCAAAAAUAUAACUUCACAGGACAUAGUUUGUUCACAGAAAUCUUCUGGGGUGCUGCUGAAGGAAGAGGACGUUGUUGUUAGCAAUGUUAAGAUUGAUCUUACUCGUGGAAAAGAUAACCCUCUUGAAAGCAUCAAGUUCUUUAAGGAUUUUGGAUGCGAUGAGAAGUUCCCCAUCACAGAUGACCGGGUCAGCCACUUGCUACCUGCCUACAAUGAAGAUAGAAUUGUGAGGGUCUAUGCUAAGAAGCCUGAGCUGGUGGAAGCCGUCUCAGAAGCCUUUGAGAACCUCCAACUGAGAAUGUAUGGUGAGAAGACUCAAGUGCACGAUACACCCAAGAAGAAGCGGAUGAGAUCCCUUUAGCAAGUUGGAUUUUGUCAAACAUCAGUCUUUAGAUAGUAUACGACACAGGAAUAUAGCUUUGACAAACGAGAAGAAAGCAACCUCUAUAGCAAAAACAUCCCAGUACUCACAGGUUUUAAAUGGUAGUCUGCACUGGGAAGGUGUGGAUAUUUUGUACAGGUGACAUACAGGCAGAACCUUGUCUGAAGUGCAAAAACUCUAGUUAACGAUGCUACCUAGCCCUAACACUGAAUGCUAUACGGCUGUUUCUUUUUUACUCCAUGAUGACUUGGAAGAGCUGGCAGUGUACAGCCACCGCAAAAUGGGAAAUACUAUUGUUAGGCCAUGUUUUCAUAUGAACUUUUCAGAAGUUAAAGAAAGAUGAAAAUGUUUAGCAUUGGAAAA